GAUGAGUGUGGUGUCCAUGGGCAUCGUCACCCUUACCUGGUGCGUUCUGGGCUUCUCCUGGGCGUUCGGGAACGGGGGGCCCAUCAUCGGCAACUUUGACUACGCUCUCUUCAUGAACCUGGACCUGAAGAUGUGGGAUGAGUCUGGCCUCCCUGCCUUGGCUUUUGCCUGCUUCCAGAUGACUUUCGCCAUCAUCGCGUCCGCUAUCAUCUCGGGAUCUCUCGUGGAGCGCAUGCGCUUCAGCGCAUACGCGGCCAUGCUGGCCCUUUGGUCUCUUCUCAUCUACGCGCCUCUUUGCCAUUGGGUUUGGGGUGGUGGCUGGAUCGGGGAGCUGGGGGCUCUGGACUUCGCAGGAGGCACCGUUGUGCACAUCAGCUCCGGCGUGUCCGGCUACGUCGCAGGGUUCAUCGUGGGCCCGCGAAGGCACGUUGAGAAG